UCCGGUCACCCCGCCAUUUUGAGUCGGAAACGCGGCGAGUGGAGCGCGAGCCAUUCAUUGUAGUGGGACGAGCCGCUACCGAAAGAACCGAACCGAACCGCACCAAACCCAACCCAACCCUGUUCAGCGCGUCCCGAUCCCGGUCCCGUCUGCAGGAGGCCGAAUGCGCGGUUGAGGUGAAGGAUGACGCAGUUCCUCCCACCGAACCUGUUGGCGCUUUUCGCGCCGCGAGACCCCAUACCGUUUCUUCCGCAGCUCUCUAAGCUGCCCCACGAGAAGCACCACAACCAGCCGUACUGCGGUAUCGCCCCGUUCAUCCGCCACUUCGAGGACCCCCGGGAUGCUCCUCCGCCCACAAGAGCCGAGACCAGGGAGGAGCGGCUGGAGAGGAAGAGACGGGAGAAGAUCGAAAGGAGGCAAACGGUCAUGGAGGAUGAACUCAAGUUGUGGGACCCACACAACGACCCCAAUGCCCAGGGAGAUGCUUUCAAGACUCUCUUCGUGGCUCGAGUGAAUUACGAUACGACAGAGUCCAAGCUUCGCCGUGAGUUCGAAGUCUAUGGCCCCAUUAAGCGAAUCUACAUUGUGUACAGCAAGAGGACGGGCAAACCCAGGGGUUACGCCUUCAUUGAAUACGAGCACGAGAGGGACAUGCACUCUGCCUACAAGCACGCUGAUGGUAAGAAGAUUGACGGGAGGAGGGUGCUUGUUGACGUGGAGAGGGGACGAACUGUGAAAGGAUGGCGCCCCCGCAGGCUAGGUGGGGGUCUAGGCGGCACGCGCAGAGGGGGUGCUGACGUCAACAUCAAGCACUCAGGACGAGACGACACCUCGAGAUAUGAUGACCGGCCCAUCGGAGGAGACCGAGACCGCGGUAUUGACCGGCGAGCUGACCGUAGCCGGGAAAGGGACCGGGACAAAGACCGUGGAGAGCGACGCAGAUCACGGUCCAGGGAGAGACGGCGCCGCAGCUCACGCUCCCGCGACAGGGAGAGAGCAGACAGGGGGGCGCCAACAGGGCCCCUUGGGGAAGAGGGCAGCCGUCGCAGGGAUAGGGAGAGGGGGGGUGACGACAGGAGCAGAGAGAGGAGCAGGGACAGGGAGCGGAAGAGGAGGAGUCGCAGCAGGGACAGGAAGAGGGAGCGUGGCGAGGAGGCGGGAGUAGGGCUGCCCGACGGCCAAGGCGACGGGGCCGACCACGUGCUUGAGGACCCCGGCUUGGAAGAGCGCGUCGAAAGCGCGGGUGAUGGCGAGGACAGGGGAAAGGAGCGGGGCGAGCGAGGCGAGCGGGAUCGCGACCGUCGGCGCAGUCACAGAGACAAGGAACGGGAGCGUGACAGGAGGAGGGGAGAUCGCGACCGAGAGCGAGACAGAGAUCGCGAGCACAAGAGGGAGCGGGGUGAUCGCGACAGGAAGGAUGAGCGCAUGGGGCCAGACGGGGGCAGUAAUGGGGAGCCGGUGUCUGCGGUGCCACCCGAGGAGGGCAGUGAGGACGGGCUGAUGGAGCAGGAAGUAGCCCCCCCCGGGGGAGCCUACAUGUCCCAGGAGAAUGGCUACCAGAUGGACGGCCAGGCGGAGGAGUACUGAGGGGAGUCCCGGAUGUGGAGCGCCCCCUCGUCCGUCCCCUCUGUUCCCAGCAGCGUAGCCCUGACCCCGGCUGCGAGGGGUCCGUGGUCCCCCAGCUCGGUGAGGACAGAGGCUCGGCACCGCUGUGGUUUUCUCACUUGCGGCAGCUGAACCGUUGCUGUAAAAGUUAGGGUUCUGUUUCCAUUGCUUUGUCCACUUUUGUACCUUCAUUUGACUUAGUGAGGGGGGGUUUUAUUUUUCACAGCACCUCCCUUUGGGUUGCUUUCGUUUCGCCCUGUUCGAGUCCCCCUUGUCCUCAGGGCUGAGUCGUCGACAUGCGUCACCGAGCGGCAGUAAAACCUGCCUGCUGCAGGGGACACCACGGCGGAGAAAUAGGUUUGGCACAUGUGGUUCCGCUCUUCGAUCCACUGUCUGCAUGUGCUCUUCCUGUGACCGUGUUAGGUGUGCCGGAGAACGCGACGCGGGAUUCCACGCCCUGCUGCUCCGCCGAGCCUCUUGUUGACACCUCUUUACACAAAUCAUGUUGGCCCACAACUCUCUCCCAUAAUUUUCUAUCUACAAAAUAAAUGUUUUUUCUACUG